UGUUGGAGUUCUUGUGGACCCGGACCCCUGUGUUCUGAGAAAGUUUGUCAGGAGUCAUUAAAGCAAUAAAGUGGGAGAUGUUUUGCCGAAAUCAAACGGCGAGAGCCACGGUUGCCCGCGGCUCUGCUCUGGAGAUGGAGAUCCGCAGAGGGAAGUUCAGAAGGAGCGAGCUCCAGGACGCACAGGACAGUGAUAUUCAGAAGAAGAUUGACCAUGAGAUCCGGAUGCGAGACGGAGCCUGCAAGCUGCUGGCUGCCUGCUCGCAAAGAGAACAAGCUUUGGAGGCGGCGAAGAGCCUGCAGACGUGCAGCACUCGCAUCAUGGCCUACAUGUCGGAGCUGCAGAGGAUGAAGGAGGCUCAGGUGAUGCAGAACGCCCCACGCAGAUCGUCGGACGCAGGGCCGAUGGACGACAGGCUCCCGUGCAAGGGAACAGUCGCCAUCUCAGACCUUCGGAUCCCUCUCAUGUGGAAAGACACGGAGUACUUCAAGAACAAAGGAGAGCUUCAUCGGUGUGCUGUGUUCUGCCUGCUGCAGCUCGGAGGAGAGAUCUUUGACACAGACAUGGUGAUAGUGGACCGAACACUCACAGAUAUUUGCUUUGACAACACAAUCGUAUUUAACAAAGCCAGCCCAGGAUUUGAGCUCCGUGUCGAGCUGUAUAGCUGCUGCACAGAGGACGACUAUUCUGCAGGAAGCACGCCGAGGAAACUGGCCAGCAAGCUGAGCUCCUCGCUGGGGCGAUCAGCAGGGAAGAAGCUCAAAGCAGCCAUGGAGCCCGGACUGUGUAGUCCUGUCAGCAACGGGGGGGCAUCCCCUCUCCUGCUGCCAGUUCCCUCUGUGCCGGGCCCUAAGUACCACCUCUUGGCUCAUACCAGCCUGUCACUGUCUCAUGUCCUGGACGGCUUUCGCACACAUGACCUCACUAUUUCGGGCAAUGAAGAGUGCUCAUACUGGCUGCCACUCUACGGCAGUAUGUGCUGCCGCCUCGUCGCUCAGCCCCAAUGUAUGACCCAGCAGAUGAUGAGUGGGUAUUUGAAAGUCAAGCAGUGUGGAGGUGACCCUCAGAGUUGGACAAAGGUGUACGCCGUUCUAAAGGGGACGAGCCUUUCCUGCUACCAUCGGCAAGAGGAUGUGGAGGCAAAUGUGGAGCUAGCUUUUACCAUUGGCAUCAACAAAGAGACCAGAAUACGUGCAUCAGAGAAGGACCCUCAGAGUAAAGUUCAGCACAUCUGCGUCAGUAACCAGUAUGGAGGGGAGGAGGUCACACACGUUCUGACCGCAGACAGCAGAGAGGACACGCACCGCUGGAUGGAAGCCUUUUGGCAGCAUUUCUAUGAUAUGAGUCAGUGGAAGCAGUGCUGUGACGAUCUGAUGAAAAUUGAACUCCCAUCGCCACGGAAACCAGCUCCAAUCACACCAAAGCAGGGGUCCCUUUAUCAUGAAAUGGUUAUUGAGUCAUCUGACGACCUGAGCAGCACCGUGUCAGACAUCUUGGCUCGGAGGAUGCAGGAGCUGGAGCUCCGCAGCCAGCUGGGCCUUUCUCCCACCUGGAUGUCUGUGUUUGAGGAGAACGGUACAAAACCCGCUGCCUUCUCUCAUCAGUGUACUUCUCGCCUGUCUGGCCACAGCCCCUGCAGUCCUCAUCGCCUUCCUCGGAGCCCCGUGAGCCCCGCUCGCUGCCCGCACCUUGGUCUGCUGUCCUCAGACGCCAGCCUGACUUCAGACAGCGACAGCCACUGCAGCACCAGCCCCUGCUGUCACCACCGAGGCUGGCCUGAGCCCUCGUCAAACUUCUCUCACUUGUCUUCCCCCUAUGGUCACAGGCCACGCACUCUUUCGCUGGACGCCAAGCUCAGCACCCUUCGAGGAAGGGGCUACGGAGGAGGAGGAACCUUCCACUGCCCUUGCCAGCCUCCUCCCUCCUCGCUUCUCGCUCCUCUCCCCAUCUCCUCCUGUUCGCCUCGGUCACAGCGCAGCAUGCAGACCACACUCUCCUGCUCCAGCUCCACCUCCAGCAACAGCUCCAGCAACAGCGAGGGCAGCCACAGCCCUGAGUCUUCAGAAGGGGUCCUUUUCUCGAGGCCCUCCCCGGCUCGACGCAGCCUAAGGAACCUCAGGGCCAGACUGGAUCCUCGCUGCUGGCUCCAAACUCAGGUGUGAACUCGUUUUCUGACAGGGGUUUGUUACAACCGCUGAAAGGCAGCAGUAUUUGUUAAACUAUGCUUUAACUGGUUUAACAUGUGGACUAAACAUGCGUUCA